AUCCAGCUUCAGAUUUGACAAUAAACUUCAACUAUGGCGCAACCAAAGAUAACACUCUAUGUGGACACCGUCAGCCCGUUUGGCUAUAUCGCAUACUACAUUCUCCGGAAUGAUCCUGUUUUCUCGAAAUGCGAUAUCACAUAUAUCCCUAUAUUCCUUGGAGGAGUGAUGAAGGCAUGUAAUAACACACCACCAAUCAAUAUCAAAAACAAAGACAAAUGGAUCGGCAAAGAGCGCACCCGCUGGGCAACACUCUUCAACGUCCCCAUGAGCCCAGAACUCCCGGAAGGUUUUCCUCCCCUGACACUACCCAUCAUGCGUGCUCUCUGCGCGCUCACCAUCCUGCAUCCGGGUAAAGAUGGCCAGGAAAUUCUUUGCAAAGCGCUUGAUGCGUUGUUCAAGGCAUUCUGGGUUGAGCACAAGAAGACGAAUGAGAAAGAGGUGCUAGCGAACGUCUUGAAUGGCGUACUGGGGAAGGAGGAGGCGGAAAAGGUCCUCACCAUGGCAGGCAAAGAAGGAAAAGAACUACUGGCCAAAAACACAGAUAAAGCCUUUGCCGAUGGAGCAUUCGGCUUGCCGUGGUUUGUGGCUACCAACUCGAAGGGAGAAACGGAAGGCUUUUGGGGAAUUGAUCACAUUGCGCAAGUCACGGAGCAUUUGGGGAUUGAUAAACCAAAGACUGGUGGCUGGAAGGCUGUUUUGUGA